AUGGACAAUGACCCUUACACACUCGACCCAAACGGCGAUGUGAUGCUCCUGUUCCCCAGUGUCAAUAAAGCCUCUCCUAGUCAGAGCAUGGAAACCAGCAGCCAGAGCUUUCCUUUCGCGACUCCGGCUACGCCCCUUGUAAUCGACACGUCUGCCCCUGCAGCAGACGCCAACGCUGCUUAUACCAGUUCUGACCCAGGAACUCUCUCACGCCAACCGCCAACCUCUGAUGUUAGUGACACGAACGAAGCACAUAUGGAGAGUGGUCUCGUCGGCAUGCGCGUCUCGUCAAGACAUUUGUCCCUCGCCUCUCCCGUCUUCAACCGCAUGUUCAACGGCAACUGGUUCGAAGGGCACGAGAUCCGCUCUGAAGGUAUUGCAGUUGUCAUCAUGGACAUUUGGGACGUCGACACCACGCUCAUCAUCAUGAACAUCAUGCAUGGCUACGCGCCCAAGGCACCUCGCAAGGUUGAUCUGGAAACACUAGCUAAAAUCGCGAUGAUUGUUGAUUAUUACCAAUGUCCUGGGGUUGUGGAGGUCUUUGCGGAUAUCUGGAUCGAUCAGUUGAAGAGUGACAUGCCGAAGUCUUUUGGAAAGCCUGUUCUUCAAUGGAUAUGCAUAGCAUGGGUGUUUCGCAAGCAGACCGAGUUCUCCGCAGCUACGCGGGUCGCCCUCGUCGAGAGUCCAUCAGUGGUACAAACAUACGGACUCCCUAUUCCUAACAGACUGAUUGAAACAAUCAACGAGUCUCGACAGCAGAGCAUCAGGGAGGCUCUAGCCGCCAUCGAUCGAGUAAUCGAUGACCUGAGCUCUUCCACACACAGAUGCUCUUUCGAAUGCAGUUCAAUACUUCUUGGUGCUCUGAUGAAAUUCUUGCGACUCUCCAAUCUCAUCUUUCCUGAUCCAAUGCCCCCUUACGAGAACCUGAGCGUUGGGUCCCUGACCAGAAGCAUGGUCCUCUUUGCUCGAUCUCCGCUCUGGGAGGCCAGAUUGUCGACAAAGGGACGCGCCGAAUGGCACAGCUGCAGACUAGGAACACUCCUGGAUCCUAUUCGCCAGGGUCUGGAAAGCAAGAUGAAUGGAUUGAAGCUGGAAGACUUUGAAUGA